AUGGAUUUCUCUUCUCCUCUAGCUGCUAUUAGUCGCUCGGAGGGCAAUUGGCUCCAACCAACACCCCUUGGUCCAAACUUCUCGUUCGGUCCUGAGAGUCCUUAUACCCCUCGACUUGAUGUCAGCCAUGAUUCAUCUUUCUUCGAUCUCGAUAUGAGCAUGGAGGCUUCUCCUACGGACUGCCUGGCCGCGGAUCUCUCUCAGAAUUUUCAUAUUGACAAGACUCCCGCGUUCCCUACUCCACGACGCUCCUUGUUCUCUUCAUUCGACACCGCUCGACCAUUUGUCACCACUCCUCCUCUUCUAUCGUCGCCAGCAUGCUCGGAUAUAAUGGAAUUGAGCCCCCUGCCGCACAAGCCAAUUUUUGUCAAGAACAGGUCGAAGCUUAGUGAGGUCUCUCCAGUCAUGGACAGCCCCUGUCAAAUGCAGCGUAAACCAAGCAAUGAGCGCAAAAAGCUACUUCAACCACGUCGUCCAUCUCAACGUACUAAACUUUUCUCUCAAAACAUCGUGUUGAAAUCCGCUGGAGCCUCUAAGCUAAGCUUCACUGGUGAAGAUGACGAGAAGCCAUUCAAGCUCGGUAAUAAGAAGACCUCUCCAAUUAUGGCUCUUGAUGACAUGUUCACUGCAUCUCCGGAGGUCACGCGUGUCGGACUAGGCCUUGGCCUGAAUGAAAGUCUUGGUAAACCUCGUAUGCCUAUCUUCAGGGACUUGAAGAGUCCCGCUGAUGGCUCUCCACUAGCUGGAGCCAACCGUCGCACAGCAGCCGUUCGGGAUGGUCCACCACGUAAAAUCGCGUGCCGACGAUCUCUAAGCAUGUACAACAAGGCUGAGGAUGUCAUUUCGCCUAAGCAAAAGCUGGAAUCUAAGUUCUGCGCCGAGUCUCCCUCGCAGGUUGCUGCGCGUGAAAGCCAGGUUCUUCCAUGCUUUGGAACUGAAAAGGACGUCCUGAAGAGGAUCACUCGCGAAACUAUGAUUCAGGUUCUUGAUGGCAAGUACGCCGAACAGUAUGACGAAUUGAAGAUCGUCGACUGCAGGUUUGAGUAUGAAUAUGAAGGUGGUCAUAUCGCUGGCGCCAUUAACAUCAACAGCACCGAGCAAGUUGAUAGCAUUCUCUUGUCCCUCAGAUCUGAAAGAGAGGCUGAAGCUAAGAAGACUUUGUUAAUAUUCCACUGCGAGUACUCGGCCCACCGUGCCCCGAGAAUUGCCCACCAGCUUCGAUCUCGUGAUCGUCAAAUCAAUAUGCAUCGUUACCCGACCCUGUUCUAUCCUGAAGUCUAUAUUCUUGAUGGUGGCUACAGUGGCUUCUUCGCCGAACACAAAGAACGUUGUGAACCACAGAAUUAUGUUGGCAUGGACGAUUCUCGUCACAAGGCACUCUGCGAGCGUGAGAUGGGAAAGUUCCGCAAGGCCACCAAAUUUGGCCGAGCAAUGAGCUAUACCUUCGGAGCAAAUGUUGCUAAUGCCAACACUGACUCCCCAUCUGCUCGACGAGCUCCACUUGGCCAAGCCUCCGUUGGUGUCAAUGGCGUCCUGGCCCGUCCUCGCAGCGACGGCAAGCGUCAUUGCUCCUAUUAA